AUUCGUUUACUCUUUGAGAUUUGAAUGACUUCUUCCCACCUCGAUCAUUUUCUUUCUCUCAACCUAGAGAAAUGGCGGCCUUGUUCUCUUUCCCCAGCAGUAGAUUAAUCUCACAUUCCCUUCCACAAAAUCUCUCUAGCCAAACAAGUUUUAAGGCUUAUGUUCUUAGUAAUUUUCACUCUCCAAUUUCACACCAACCUUUGAUCCAUAGAAGCUUUUCUUCAAGGCGCAGACGCCUAGGCGCACUGGUGCCAUUUGAUGCUAAAAGCUCAGAAUCAGGAGGGGGAGAUCAUCGAGCUCUGGAGGCAGUUCUUAAACUUCACAGCGCAAUUAAGAGCAAAAACAUCCAUGAAUUAUCAGAUAUAAUUGGAGAUGAAUGCCGGUGCAUCUGCAAUUUCUUCUCAUUCUUCCAGCCCUUCCAAGGGAAAAUGCAAGUGUUGGAUUUUUUCACUCAUCUGAUUAAAAGCUUUGGAGAUAACGCUGAAUUUGUCAUAAAACCAACAUUGCAUGAUGGAAUGAAGGUUGGUAUUUCAUGGAAACUAGAAUGGAAAAAUACACAUGUGCCUCUAGGAAAGGGUCUCAGCUUCUAUAUAUGCCAUAUCUACCAGGGGAAGGUUUAUAUAAGAGAUAUGGAAAUGUUCAUGGAACCGCUGCUUCACAUUGAACCUCUAAGAAUGAAAUUGAUGGCAUAUGUUAUGGCAGUGAUGGACAAGAUGGAUUUUUACUUGGGAUCCAAGAGUAAAGCCAAGAGAGUUAUAUUUAUUUUACUCGCUCUGUUUUUCAUUUGUACCUCUCUGUUCUUAUUUAAACUCCCUUUCCAUUAGUCUUGAGGCACGAACCAUAGUGAUUAUGUUAACACUCAAAUUCAUUUAUGCUAACAGUAGAA